UGGAUAAGUGGCCUUUCCAAAACAGUCCUGUGUCAAAUCGUAUGGAUGGCAAUGAUGCAGUAUCAUGACAGCACGCUGUGGCCCGAGCUUGAAGACGAAGAAGAAGAAGAAAGAGGAGAAGGAAUAAAGCAACAAGAAGAUGGUUUACUUCAAGAGCUCAAGACGAUCCAGGAGCAAGCCAAUCAACUCGCCCAUCGACUUGAUGCUAUGCGACCCAGCGAACAGUUUGUCCAUGCAGCUCAGGUUGCACAAGAGUUUCAGCAACUCAUCCGACUGUGCGUUCAUCUGUUGCAUAAGAACCCACUUGCUGCCACAUUGGGCAUCAUGUUGAUCGUUCAACAGAGCUUUGGUGCGCCGCCCGAGGUACGACAGCAUGUCUAUUACCAGGCCAAGCUCGGUCGAUUGGUGGUGCUGGAACUGGAAAGCAUUUUAAAUCAUCAUGCCGAUUAUUUGGUGUCAUGUGUCCUCAAGGAUUUGGAUGCAAGUACUAUGAGUAACAGUGCUAACGAUGACUGGUUGGAACAAUUGGAGCAACUUUGUACUAAAUUGUCACGCUACGACACCACUUGGGAGUUUCGACAGGAAUACCAAAACGUUGUGCGGUUGGCAGAGCAGUUUUAU